CUGCAUCCUCUAUAUUAACAAUGAUGGAGUUGUAGACGGGAAGAGAGAAUAAAAAACUAAAAGAAAGAAACUAAGCCAAAAAAAAGAAGGAGGAAGGACUGAGUUGAAUAAUAUUGAAAGGUGAGUGAGUUGGAAAAUAACAUAAAAAUGGCAACAUUUGCAGGGACUCAACAAAAAUGCAUGGCCUGUGACAAGACUGUUUACUUGGUUGAUAAGCUCACUGCUGAUAAUAGGGUCUUUCACAAAGCUUGUUUCAGAUGCCACCAUUGUAAGGGUACUCUCAAGCUUAGCAAUUACAAUUCUUUUGAAGGGGUGCUUUAUUGCAGGCCUCACUAUGAUCAACUCUUCAAAAGAACUGGCAGUCUAGACAAGAGUUUUGAAGGAACACCAAAGAUUGCCAAACCUGAAAAACACAUAGAAAAUGAGAAUGCACAGAAAGUGGUGAAUUUAUUCGGUGGAACCAAAGAAAAAUGUGUGGGAUGCAAUAAGACUGUCUAUCCAAUUGAAAAGGUUACUGUUGAUGGGACAUCAUACCACAGAGGCUGCUUCAAAUGCAGCCAUGGAGGUUGCACUAUUAGUCCAUCAAAUUACAUUGCACAUGAAGGCAAACUUUAUUGUAAGCACCACCAUGUUCAGCUCUUUAAGGAAAAAGGAAACUAUAGUCAACUUGAAGGUGACCGACAAGAAGAACCCAUCACUGAGAAACUUACAUCCAUGGAAAUUGCUGCUGAGUCAUAGUUUAUGAGUUGCCGCCCGAAUCAGAUCAUUUAUUGCCAUUGCUGAGUCGGUUUGUUCCCAUGGGUUUUUUUUUUCUUUUCUAAUGUAUUAGUUCAUAUAUUUCACAAUCUCCUCUUGCAAGAUGUGUUUGUUCAUCGGGAUUUGGGUUAAUAUAUUUUUGUAAGUGGAGUGCUAGGUUUGAAAAUAAGACUCCUCUUUACUCAUGGUUUGUUUUCCAGCAUUUGAUUGUGGAAGUAUUAUGAUGAUUUUGGCUUUGAGGUCUCCUAAUCGCAAAAAUUUAUAAUCUUCAUUCAUGUCGAUUGAAUUACGGAUAAAGUAAUAAAAAUUUUGUGUUUAAAUUUUCAUUCAA